UAGUAGGAACGGGGAAGCGCGGCGCGGUGGCGACGUGGUAGUGGGCUCGGGCUUCGACGCUCGUGCGUUGGUGGUGCGCGCGCGGUGGUUGAGAUAAGCAGCGCGGGGGACUGAGUGUGCGACAACGUAGAUCGGCGUCGGAGAGAUCUCGCGCCCCGUUCCGGCUCUCGCGUUUACUCGCGUUCGCAUUCGUACACCUACCGCCCGCUCGCUCCCGCGGUCCUCGCCGAUCCGCUCGGCACACACGUACGGCAGUUCGCCGCGGGACACGGUCGACCGGGUUCGGCUGGUCUCUCUCUUUAUCUCUCUCGCCCGAUGUGACACGGAGGAGGUUCCGCGAUGCUCAAGGAUCAUUCACCGAUCGUCCAGGCGCUCCUCGGGACCCUGUUCACGUGGGCCCUCACCGCAGCCGGCGCCGCGCUCGUCGUCGUCAUUCGGGGGAAACAACGCAAGCUGCUCGAUGUCAGCCUGGGGUUCGCCGCCGGCGUGAUGGUGGCCGCGAGUUACUGGUCGUUGCUGGAGCCGGCGAUCGAAAUGGCAACCGAGAGCAAGAUAUACGGAGCGGAGGGCGAGUACGCGUUCGUGCCGGUCGCAGUUGGCUUUCUCGUCGGCGCGGCGUUCGUAUACGGGACGGACGUGUUGAUAUCCACCCUCGGCAUUCAGUCCCCCAAUGUGCUUUUAGCUAUGCAAUCAGUCGGUACGAAACAAAGACGCAAGAUCAUUGCGAAACUAAAGAGUGACGAGGACUUAGACGAUGAUUAUGAUCCGUUGUUUAACGACGUACAGAUAGCCGGCGGAAAAAUGUACGCGCGCGUCGAGUCGACCGCUAUCGAGGGCUUCUACGAACAGAAUAGUAGACGCCGACAAAUCACGAAUAUAAACCGUACGUCGGAAUCGGCGGAGAUCGGAACCGUUUACGAGGAUCCCAAUAGCGAGGCGAAGAAUAACCAGUGGCGGAGGAUAUUACUUCUAGUUGUUGCAAUUACGGUCCACAAUAUUCCUGAGGGUCUUGCGGUCGGUGUAGGCUUCGGGGCGAUAGGCAGUAGCGCAUCAGCGACCUUCGAAAGUGCAAGAAAUCUAGCGAUCGGGAUCGGAAUACAGAACUUCCCUGAAGGACUGGCGGUGUCCUUGCCCCUUCAAGCCGCCGGGAUUAGCACGCUGAAGAGCUUCUGGUACGGCCAGCUCUCGGGGAUGGUGGAGCCCAUUGCCGGUGUCCUCGGGGCGGCCGGGGUGACGCUCGCUGCACCUGCGCUACCUUAUGCACUUGCCUUCGCGGCCGGUGCGAUGAUCUACGUUGUGAUCGACGACAUUAUCCCGGAAGCGCAUCAAAGCGGAAACGGCAAACUCGCCAGCUGGGCCGCCAUCGUCGGUUUCUUGGUGAUGAUGUCCUUAGACGUUGGCCUAGGUUAAGGACAUCGUCCCCAAAGUCGUCACGGCGCGUCCACAAACGUGUAAAAAUCUUGUGGUAACGGUAACAAGUGUUCGCAGUCGUGACAAGACGUCACCUCAAUUCGUGGCAUUCACCGAACAAUAGCACGUCUUCUCGUGCAAAAGUAAAAAAAAACAAAUAUAUAAAAACCGAGUGCCAGCGAUAAACGAAUGUUCUCCAGUCCCGACGUGUAUUUUUUAUCCGCUGUUGCGUACGGCAUACUUUUAUCCUUAAAGACUCAGGAAAAUCGAACGCUAGCGAAAUAAGGAGUGUUUCCAAUCAGAUUCGAGGUAUCACUUGUCGUGAUUCCUGACAGCCAUCGAGAGAGAAACUGAGACAUAAGCAAUAAAUAAAUUUUAAAAUAUUAAUCAUAUCAUAGUGAAAUGUGAAACUAUGUUUUAAGAUUUGUCUAAUUCGACGUUCGGUUAACGAACUGUAGCGAAGGCUAAGUUGUGUAAUCGCUCAACAAUUUUCUAAACCGGUAGAUAUUUUUCUAGAACGCAUUUCACUUCUCGAAUGCAUUUCACUUCGUAAAUGUCUUCCCCAUGUCUAGUCCUCGUCGAUGCAAUUCCAGAAGUCGAAGACACACGAUAGCCUGGUUGACUGAACUUAAAAUCGAAUGUCGAAAUCGAUGUCUGUUAGGAUUCACCGAGAUAAUUACAAGAUCGAUACAAUCGCAAAAAUUCUGUCGGUAGGUAAAGCAAUUAAAACAGUGUGCAGCGUCGAGAACUGUCAGAAAAAAAAAUCAAUGUCUGAAGUUUUUUUUUCCAUUGAAAAUACAGUAAGUACGGAGAACUAUAUGACCUCACAAACGAAUUAAUUUUUUAUCAAAUACGUAGAUAGAUUUAUAUUAUAGAUAUUGUGAUAUCUAUACAAAUCCACUUAUUGUUAGACACGCAAAGGGUUCCAAGAAACUUCAAGCUAUUUGUUCCUGUAAAUAUCCCCCGCCUGCAUUAUUUCUUAUACAUAAUUUAUAACGCGUUCUAAAUCAGAAAAAAUUUGAUACGGAGUAUUUUUUAAAUAAUAAUAAAAGGACCAUUUUUCUAUACUGUUUUCUUUACGCCGUGAUUCUUUUAAUUAUUUAAAUAUUGCUUUGUGUUUUGUGAAAAAUACAAGUAACUUUCGAUAACUUUCAGUACCAAGUAACUUUCGAUUUUAACAUUCUGAUUAUAGUUAGGGAGAUAAAAUUCGGGAUUUUCAACUUCUGAAUCUUUAAAUAACGAAUUCAGAAUAUUUUCCUUUUUUUUACUAUUAUAUAUCAUAACACACAUUAUUUAUUACUUAUUUUAAUUUAUAUCAGCAUCAAUAUUGAGUUAACUUCUUAAUUCUGUUAUUUGUAUUCUAUCGAAUUUGAUUUUAUAUUUUUUUGUUUUUUUUUUGUUUUUAUUUGUAUAUAUUUUUUCAUUUAGAAUAUCAAAGUGAGAUAGGCAGAAUGACGAUUGUCUAUAAUAACACUCUUUUUAUUUUAUCAAGUUUCCAAGUAAAAUUCAGUUUUUCCCCGAAAGACUAUCGAUUGUUUCAUUAAUUAGCUCCAAAAUAUUUAUUAUUUAAUCAACAUCCGAGUAUUCUGUUACUGACAAGUAUUGUUAUGAGUAUAUAAAAAAGAUGAUAAGAUUGAAAGAAAACAGUUUUUAUUCACAUUAAUAUUAAAUCUGAUGUGGCGAUCGUAUUGCGAGGAGCUGCGCGGCAGCUUUUUGUGCCAAAGAUCUAACUAGUUCAAAUCCACUCAGAACAAUAUAAAUCUAAAAUCGAUUUUCUUGUCGCUUCUUGUGGUUGUUUGCCCAGUUUUGAUUUAGAAACUAUAGUUGGUCUCAUUGGCGAAUCAAUAUUCAAAUAUGCAUUUUUCGGUUUAUCUUCCAAGGACUCUAAUUUUUUCUUCAUCAAAGGGGACUUUUUUAUUGCCCUUCUUAUUAAGACUUUUUUGACUACUGAAACCUUUUUUGGCGUUCUCGCCACAAAAGCCAUGCGAGAGGAUGUCGUUGAUGCGGCAAUAACGGAACUUUUAGCUCUGUUGGGUCUUUUGUUUUUUGGUUUUUUGACGGACGAGUUUAUUCGCGAGACAUUCGCGUAAUUGUGUAAUCA